AUGGCUCAAAGGACGGAGAAAGAAGAGACCGAGUUCAAGGUACCAGAAACCUUGACUUCAUGUAUCAAUAAUUGUGGAGUUACAGGUAAUCCUGCAACUAACAAUAUGUGUCAGAAAUGUUUCAACGCUAGCACCAGCACAUCUAAUUCUUCCUCCUCUUCCACCGCCACCACCAUGACAUUUGCAGCAACAGCCAACGCUGUAUCUACCAACGAGAUCUUAAAAUUCGCCGGCGAGAAAUCAUCGAGAUCCAGCAUAUCUCGUUCGCCGGUGAAAGAUCUGCAAAAGUCACCUGAAACCGCGUCUGAUAAAGAAAGAUCUGAUGGUUCUGCUUUGGCGAAGAGAGAGGUGAACAGGUGCUCAGGUUGCCGGAGAAGGGUAGGCUUGACCGGAUUCCGGUGUCGGUGUGGGGAGCUGUUUUGUUGGGAGCAUCGGUACUCAGAUCGACAUGAUUGUAGUUUCGAUUACAAAACUGCAGGACGAGAAGCUAUCGCGAGAGAGAAUCCUGUUGUCAAAGCUGCUAAGAUUGUUAGAGUUUGA